UCAUUCGUUAAGUCACAACAACACUCAAAUCAAAACACAGUUCUCAUUUUUAUUUAUUAAAAAAAAUUCCGAGUCAAUAAAAAACAUUACACAAAAUCGAAAGUUCCUUUUAAAACAAGAUUACAAAAUUCAAAAAUAAAUUAUGAAUGUAUUUAUCACAGCUUUUCUUUUAGCCUUAACAUACAAUACGAUCGAAGUAGGAUCUGUAAUUGAAGAAGGUUCAAAAACAAGUUAUAUUAGAAAUCAUCUGGGUUCACGCACGCCUUACAGAUUUAGGUCUAACAAGAAUGAUACAAGAAUAAAGUAUCCAAAUUGUAAAGACACAAAAAUAUGGAUGGUGAUUCGUCACGGCACGAGGUUACCAGGUCGCAAAGAUAUAAAAGCAGCGUCAGCUCUUGUUGAUUUAAAGUAUGAAAUUCUAAGGCAACAUGAAUGGGGUAAAGGUCAAUUAACAAAUCAACAAUUAAAUGAUUUACAAGACUGGGAUUUUGAUAUCGAUCCGGAAGAAGAGAGUCAUUUAACAUUAGAAGGCAAAGAUGAAAUGAUAUUGAUGGCCGAGAGAAUGCAGAAAAGAUUUCCUAAUGCUAUCAAACAAAAAUAUAAUAAUAAAACAUUUUUGUUCCGCUAUACAGCAACACAAAGAGCACAGCAGAGCGCUCGGCACUUCACAAAUGGUUUGUUUGAACGAAGGGAGGCUAAAGACAUAAUAUUCCAGCCAGCCACGAGAGUCGAUCCAGUAUUACGAUUUUACAAACACUGUGACAGGUGGCAAAAGCAAGUUAAGAAAAAUCCAGAGACUUACAAGGAGGCUAAGUUGUUUACUCAUAGUCAUGAAAUGAACAAGACAUUGGAGUUUGUGUCCAAUAGACUGGGUCUUAAUAGAGUACUGAACUGGGAAACUGUGGAAACAAUGUACAAGUUCUGUGGAUAUGAAACUUCGUGGGACAAACAUCACAUAUCGCCAUGGUGUUAUGCGUUUGAUUCAGAGAGUAUACAGGUGCUUGAAUAUUACCACGAUUUGAAAGCGUAUUGGGUCGACGGCUAUGGCCACGAGUUAUCAUAUCGCCAAGCUUGCAUGGCCAUUAAGAAUAUGUUUGAAAAAUUUAGCAAAGAGAAUGGGUUACGUUCAAUAUUCCUGUUCACUCAUUCGGGCACUAUCCUGAAAAUCCUGACACAUAUGCAGUUGUAUCAGCCGCCGGUGCCGCUUCGAGGAGACGCUAUUGUUAAGGACAGGGAAUGGAACUUGUCCAAAAUAGACUGCUUUGCCGCUAAUUUGGCGUUUGUGCUGUUCAAAUGCAAGGAUGGAGACCACGUAUUAACCCUACACCAAGAGAAGAUCAUCAAACUCCCGAUGUGCGAACACGAACUAUGCCCACUGAAACAUUUGAAGGAAUACUUCUACGAAACCAUAUACAAUUGUGACUAUAACGAUAUGUGUAAACUUGAUAGAAAUGUUACUGCUAAACAUGAGAGCGAUUAAUUGCUUAUGAAUAACUUAUUUCUAUGUAUAGGCAAACUACAUAAAAAAGUUAUACUAAUUAGUCCAUCUUUUAAAUGUAGGUACAUAAAAUACUUAUACAUUUUUUUUACUAAAUAAGUAACAAUAUAGGUAGGUACUAACCCUUUAAACGAGAGUAAAAAUUUAGCUUACCGUUCUUUCAUAUUCGUUUUAUUAGUUUGUGAGAGUCGAGGUUGUUUAUCUAAAAGUUGGAUUUAAUGAGUAUCACAUUUUUAUAUGUCAGCAGGCUUUCUUUGAGCGUAACUAAAGGCUUUAAUGCUUAGAAGUUUAUACCAGUUUUUACCAUUUUGGUCAAUUAAUCCAUAUGCCUUUCGUACAUACUCGUAGUUUCAUAUCUGUUAUGGCUUUGCUGUGGUGGUUUAAUCAGUCAGUUCGACUGAUGUAAGUUUUUUUUUAUAUCUAGACACUACCAACGGGCUGGGCCUGACUGUUAUUUUAUAGACAUACAUACCUACUAAUCUGUGUAUGUAUGCGUAUUAGUACUAAUUUUAUUUAAAUUGUAUGACAUUCCAUAAGAGACACGCGAUGGAGUUUUUUACCGACUGAUUCUACCAACAAGAGAUAAAUCAAAUGUCUGAUUUUGUUUAUUAAUAUAGCGGUAAUCCUUAGUGUAAGAAAGUUUUAUGUUGUUUAUAAUUGUUUCCAAGGCUUUACAUUGACAAGCUAGCGCACAAAGAAUUGCACGCGAUGCUUAAUUCUGCUGCUAAAACUAAAAAUUAGUAUGUAGGUACCAUAUGACUUAACAUACUAACCUCAGUACAUUUAGGUACAUUAUAACCAUGCUUAUGAAAUUAUUAUCCAGUUUAUACGAGUAACUAAUAAGUACCAGUGAUAUUUUAUUAAAUGACUAAGUUUUUUUUACUAAUGAGCAGUAUUGCAGAAAGGGAACCAGUUAAAAAAAUUGCAAAAGGAAAUUGUGGCGACUAAUCGCAGUUAUGAAAAAAAUCGUAAGACACGCACUUAUGAACUUGUUAUACGCGAAUGAAAAGCUUGAAGUUGAUGUAUUUUAAUAGUUUUAGAAUGUUUACAUUGUUACAUUGAAAUGUACAAAUAAUAUUGUUGAAUUGAUCAUAAUAAAUGCUACACGCUUUGAGUAAAA